UCGUAUUCCUGUAGAAUUUGAAUCAUGGCUGAGGCAUUAAAGAAUGUCAUUGCUCAGAGUCUGGAGUGUCCUGUAUGUCUGAAUACCUUCACCGAUCCCAAGAUCCUAUCUUGUUCUCACACCUACUGCAAGGCUUGUCUGGACAACAUCUUGGAAUGCCAUGGUAACGACCAGAUGCUCCGAUGCCCUGUCUGCAGAGCUGAAACCCAGGUCCCAAACCGAGAUGUCAGCAAAUUAUCGACAAGUCUAGCUUUGAAGUCUCUCAUAGAGGACGUAAAGAAUCAAUAUCAGUUUUGCUCGAAUUGUAAAUCCGAGGACAAGCCGCAAGCUGUUGUCUACUGUCAAGACUGUGGAAAGUAUCUCUGUUACACUUGCCACAACAACCACUCUCAGUGGCAAGACUUCAUCACACAUGAGGUUUUAGCCAUGAGUGAGAUCGUAUCGGGGAAGGUGACAGUACGUAGGUACCGUAAAUGCAGGAAACACCCCAAAGAGGAUGAGGAGUGCUUCUGUUCCGACUGCAGAAGAUUUGCCUGCUUCAGGUGUGUUGUCAUGGAGCAUAAAGACGAAGGACAUCGGAUUAUCGAGGCAGCUGUUUAUGAAAGGCACCAUUUGAAGAGUACCGAGGACCUCAAAUCCAAGGCGGACAAGAAACGCUCUUGCUUUCAGAAAUACGUUGAUUUUAUUGAUGAACAGAAGGAGCAUGUGAGCAAUGUUCAGAAGCAGUGUACAGAUGAUAUCGACAAAGCAUUUGAAGAAUCAGUCCGGCAGUUGACAAAGAGGAAAGAAAUCCUCAUUGGGGAAGUCAAGGGUAAGACCGAUGGAGUAGAGAAGGAACUGGACGAAAUGAAGAAAUCGGCUCAGGGGCACAUUACUCACUUGACCACCGUAGCUGACAUGGUAACCAAUAGGACAAAGGUACCGUCAGAUAUGGAUGCUUUGGCUGCACACGACACUCUAUGUCAAGACUUACAGGAGGCUUUGAAACAAGAAGAUCCUGACUACAAGCAGCCGAUCCAAUCGAGCAGGAAAGGAAAAAGUGUCAGUUUUAAGAGGAAUGUUGGAAUGAACGAGCUAACUCUCGGUAAGAUCGUAAAUGCAGUUGAAAGGAACAUUGCUUUGCCCACUAAGAACAGCAUGAAUGCCAUGGUUAGUACACCUGACGGUAGGAUGGCAGUGGGGUGUUGGAAAGGUGGCGUGGAGAUCUUCUCUGCUGAUGGUCAGCACCAGCAGACAGUUCUCAAGGAUGUUCUGAUUCUUGGAGUAGGGUUCCUCUCUGAUGAUCGGUAUGUUAUGCUUGAUACCUCAAACAACAUCACACUGUACACACUAGAGCAAACAAAGGUGAAUGUAAAGUUUGAGACUCUGAGUAACGAUGAAGGUGGAUAUGCUAACUUCACCGUCAACAGUGAUGAUCAGAUCUAUGUUAGCUACAGGAAAACCAAGAAGAUCCAUGUUUUCUCAACAGCAGGUGGGAAGGCGAUCAGAGAGAUACCAUGUGAUGGGUAUGAACCUCAGCAGAUUACUAGUUAUACUGAUUACCUGGUCAUCAGAUCUCAUGAUGCAAUACGAUUGAUUGACAAACAAGGUGUUGUUAAAUAUAAAUUAGCGAAAUCAGGUCAUGAUCUCGAUCUAUAUGCUGCGGUGUCUCAAGUGAAUACAAUCCUGAUAGCCACCGUGAAUCACGAUGUAGGUUUGGUCAGCAUUGAUGAGUACACUAACGAGCUGAAGCAUGUCCAGAACAUCGACAUUGAUUACAAGAUUGAGAAGCCUGUUAGAAAAUGGUACUAUAUGCAGCAGUACCGAUCAGGAGAGAUCGCUCUCUGCACUACUGACAGACUCUAUAUAUUCCACUGA